CGACUGAACCAUUUCCUGAUUAGUUUGAUCAAAGAAAACCAAAACCGAUCCAGGAACGGCGCGUCUCAGUCUCGAGACCACUUUCAGCGGGAGAAGCGUGAAACCCUGAGAAUGUGUGACGGCAGGGGGGUGCGGGCGAUCCCUCUGCACCAGCGCCCAGACCUGCUGGAGCCCUGUGCUGACUUGGUGAACAGCGAGUGGCAGCGGAGCCGCGGUGCCCGGGUCCACACCCUCCAGAAGUCCUGCCAGGAGUUCCCUGUGGCCCUGGUGCUGCUGCAGGGCUCUGGGAACAGGGACGGUGGGGACGGGGAGUCCCUCCUGGGGCACGUCCGGCUGUCCCGUGUGGUGUCCCGCCCCGGGAGCCUCUUUGUGGAGUCGGUGGUGGUCUCGAAGGCCCAGAGGGGGAAGGGCUACGGCCGUACGCUGAUGCAAGAGACGGAGCGUUACGCUAAGACUCGAGGGUUCAAGAGGCUGUGUCUGACCACCCAUGACAAGCAGCACUUCUACACCCACCUGGGCUAUGUGCUGUCCACACCUGUGCAGAACGCUGGGGUCAUGGGGUCCUUCAUGCCCAUGGACGUGCUGGAGAGGUUCUCCAGGCUCCCAGGGACAGACGACACCCAGGGUGAAGUACAGGGAGGCCCACCAUCACCACCCCAGCGGCCUCCUUCCUCUGUAGUGCCUCCGCCUCCUCCUCCUCCUCCCACACCUUCUAGUGUUCCCCCUCUUCCUCCUCUUUCUAGUCUUUCCACUCCUCCAUCUGCUCUAUCUCCACCUCCUCCCUCUUGUCUACCUCCUCCACCUCCUCCUCCCUCUAUUCCUCCUCCUCCUACUCAGUGUCCGGCCCGGCUGGUGGUUCAGACCCUUGAGGAGACGCCCUACAGAGACGCUAAAGGAGUUCCUAUCUUCUGGAUGCACAAGGACAUCUGAGUUUGAGGGCCUGGCUGACCACAGGCCAUGUCACCCAUGUCACUCAGCCUCACACAAACAUGCAGAGGUCAAAGGUCAUGGGGGAAAGGUCAGUCCCUCUGGCCUAUCUAGUAGCACAUCCUGUAGGGUUUGACAGACUGAGAAGGAAGGAUAUUUUAAUGGUCUGGCUGGCUCUCUUGUGAACUGUGUAGUCCCUGAGACUUGACAGAGAUAUACUUGCUGCUGUAGACUGAGAUAAUACUUGACCAGAUAAUACCAAACCAAAUGUUUGUGCUCAGAUGUGCCUUAAGUGCCAAAGUAGUUUUUCUUCUUGUCCUGAAAUUGAAAAUGUAUGAAUUGAACGGUUCAUUUUGCCUGAUCAAACUAAAUAAUUAUCUCUGGAGCUAUAUUUUGUGCCUAAUGUUUCAUUCAUUUUGGUGUUGAAAUAAAGAACAGUGUAUUUGA